GUUGGAUACAAUCAAUCGAAGCAACUGCAAUCAAAGCACAUUGAGCAUUCUCCUUCAAACAAAAUUCCCUUCACACUAUUCAACUUAUCUAAACAACUGUUUGCAAAUGAUAAAAUCAAUCAAAUUGCAGUUUAUAAAGUGCCGAAACACCCUAAACCAUCUAUUCUUCAACUGCAUCAACUUUGCUAUAUCUAAAUUUAACUACCACAUCGAAUCAAAAUACCAUAUAAUCCACGAUCUAUAUAUCAUCCAAUAUCUAAUCAAGAGAUUGUUCUACUACUUGUUGCAGAAUCUAAACAAAAAAUUGAAUUACUGGUAUAUAUUUGAGAAAACAGUUUUUGAAAAUGAAAACAAAUUGGCUCUCGUUUACAUCAACUCUCCCUCAAUCAAAACUAAUUUUGUGCUAGAUAAGGACAAUCAAAAUCUUAGGAUCCCAAAUGACGCCAAUUUUAAGAUUGAAAGAUUGACUUACAUUCAACUAUACAAUGCUGUAUUAAGAUUAUCCUAUAUUUUAUCAACAGAUUACAAAAUCAAGCCCGACGAUAUUGUUGGACUUGAUAUGCAUAAUAAGCCAUUAUUUGUUGUCUUUUGGUUUGCUCUAUGGAAUAUUGGUGCCAAACCUGCGUUUUUAAACUACAAUAUUACCAACAAAACUUCAUUAAUUCAUUGUCUAAAAAUCUCAAAUAUCUCUCAGGUCUUCUUUGAACAAGAUUUCAAUCUUCCAGACGAUACCAUUAGUUCAAUUAAUUCAGAGUUACCUGAUCUUAAACUAACCUUUUUAAAUGAAGAUCAAAUAAACUUAAAAAUUUAUGACAAUUCUUCAAAAGUCUUUAGACUAAACGAUGAAUUGAGAAACAAAUCAGAUAAACCCUGGUCAACUUCAGCACUAAUCUUCACAUCAGGAACAACUGGCCUACCAAAGGCUGCGAUAAUGAGCUGGAGAAAAGUUUGUCUUGGUACUCCACUAUAUGGUCAUAUAAUCAGAAUCACAAAUAACUCAACCGUUUUCACCUCAAUGCCACUAUACCACUCAACAUCCUCAAUGCUUGGUGUAUUGCCAACCUUUGGUCACGGUGGUUGUAUUGCAAUAACUGAAAGGUUUUCUGCUUCCAAUUUCUGGGCCCAAGUCAAAAUAACUAAAUCCACUCAUAUUCAAUACGUGGGAGAAAUCUGCAGAUACUUAAUUAAUCAGCCAGUCAACCCAAACUAUGAGAAAAAUCACACAGCAACCAUAGCCUAUGGCAACGGUCUAAGAACAGAUAUCUGGUUUCAGUUUAAACAAAGAUUCAAUAUCCAUGCUGUAGGUGAGUUUUAUGCUGCUACAGAAGCUCCGAUUGCUACAACGAGCUUCCAAACAGGAAACGAUGGAAUUGGUGCUUGUAGAAACUAUGGAUCCCUAAUUAAUUAUAUUUUAUCAUACCAACAAAUUUUGGUCAAAAUGGAUCCAGACACAGACAAUGAACUUUAUAGAGAUGCCAAAACUGGCUAUUGCAAGGUCACUGACGCUGAAGAGCCCGGCCAAUUAUUAUUUAGAAUCUCAAGACCAAAAAAGCCUUAUGUCGACUUUCAAGGCUAUAUUAAUAAUGAAAAAGAAACAAACUCUAAAUUCGUUCGGGAUGUAUUUCAUAAAGGCGAUUGCUGGAUUAAAACUGGAGACUUGUUGAAAUAUGAUAAAGAUGGUUUAAUGUAUUUUAUUGAUAGACUAGGCGAUACAUUUCGAUGGAAGUCUGAAAACGUUUCAACCAACGAGAUUGAGAUUUUAAUCAAUAACUCAAAUUUAGUGAAUAAUUCCGUUGUUGUUGGUUUAAAGAUUCCAGGACAUGAAGGAAAAGCAGGAUUUGCCACAAUCAUUCCAAAUUCCAAUUUUGAUCUUACCAAAUUAGUCAAUUAUUUCAUGGAUAAUAUACCAAAGUAUGCUGUUCCAGUAUUCAUUAAACUUGCUGAUGAAUUCAUAACAACAGACAACCAUAAAAUCAUCAAGAAAAGUUAUAGAGAACAAAUAUUGCCAAAGGGAAAAAAUAAUGACGAAAAAUUAUAUUGGCUUAACAAAAACAGAUACGAGGAAUUAACAGAAGAAAGCUGGAAUGAUAUACUAUGUUCUAAAAUUCGUCUAUAGUUGCUUACUAUCAAAUGAUUUGAAUAGGUAUAAUAAGGGUUUUUUUUUCCUUAAAACAAUGAAGGAA